ACUGAGCCACCCAGGUGCCCCAGACCAGUGACCUCUUAAGCCAGGGGCCUUUGUGUCUGUGUAAGGCCCCUCCCAGAGACCCCCCAGCCGACAGGACAUUGGUGACAUGUCCCACCAUCACAACGUGUGUGUCCCUGCAGGCCUGGGGAGCAGUGGGGCCUGGAGGUCUCAGGUACCAUCCAAGGCUUGUGUCUCUCCCUCAGGACCUGUGGGCUCCAGCUUGGGGGUCUUAGCUCAAGGUGGCUGCUGCAUCCUUUGUGCCAACAAGGUGGGGACAGCCAGUGUCUGAGAAAGCGUGCUCAGGCCUCGGCUGAAGGAGGGCUUGCUGCCCACCAUCUAGAGGGGCUUGUCUUGGUGCUUGUUGAGGAACCUGCAUGUGAACUGACCUCUGGGCGGGGCGGGGCGCAGGGUCCCACAGAAAUCAGGGGCUGGUCUUGCUGCUGAGAGGCCACGUAAAAGUUGUGAGAGGUGGGGAAGGUUCACGGCCCUCAGCCCGAGAGAAGGCAGUGGGGAGCUUGUCGUCCUCCAGGGUCGCUGUGUUUAGACAGCUGCCCAGCUCCAGUGUGACGAGAGAAGUUGGGCCCCUGCUGGGAACCCAGCCCGGAAAUGGCGCGUGGGCACCGCCCAAGGCUGGGGGGUCCACGCGAGCCCCGAGACUCCUGCGGGGGCUCACCGGACGGGGGGUGGGCAUGGGGCGCAGGCACGUCUCCCGGUAUGUUCUGGGGCUCCUGCAUAGCGUCCACGUGACCAGCAGCGUGCCUGCGUCUGGUUUCCCUCAGCCCAGCAGUGAUCCCCUUAGGCUUCGGUCGUUCCCCUCGCUAGCUUAGUAAGGAAAUCGAGGUUCCUCAGACUUCACGUGCCCUGCUCUAAUUGUUAACGAGACCGUGUGUGUCUCCACGUGCUACACGUAACAAGCUCUCACCGGUUUCCUUGGAAACAAGAACAAAGCCCUCAUGUUCAGCCCCUCACCCCCUCCUGAGUGGUCCUGGGGGUCAGGCCUGUCUCCUCGCCCUGUUCUAGGGGGAAGUGUUGGCCAGCCUGGGGUGGGGGUAGGGGCUGUGCCCCCGUGAGAUGUGCCACUGGGGUCCCGCCAGCCUCUGUGAUCAAACCCAAGGCUGGGUGCUGGAGACUCCGUGAGGGCCCAACCCAUGGGCCCCAUGGCCCUGGGCCGGGGAGGUGGCGGCGGCAGUGCCCCUGGACUGAGCCUCUCCCCUCUGUUGCAGCCCGCCCGGCAUGGUGCUCAAGGCCUUCUUCCCCACGUGCUGCGCCUCGGCCGACAGCGGCCUGCUGGUAGGACGGUGGGUCCCGGAGCAGAGCAGCGCCGUGGUCCUGGCCGUGGUGCACUUUCCCUUCAUCCCCAUCCAGGUGAAGGAGCUGCUGGCCCAGGUGCAUCAGGCCGGCCACGUGGGGCUGGCUGUGCUGGGCACCUGGUGCCACCGCCGCCAGGGGGCUGAGGAGCGCCUGGGGCCCUUCCUGGAGGGCCUGGGCGCCAUCUUCUCCCACGAGCCCUGGCUGCAGCUGUGCCGGGAGCGGACCAGCGGGCUCUGGAGCUGCAAGGCCACCUGCCAGCAGGGGCCGGCCCGCGUCAAGGACCAGGUCAUGCUCGUGUUCUACGACCAGCGCCAGGUGCUGCUGUCCCAGCUGCACCCGCCCGCAGCGCUGCCCGACCGCCAGGCCGGGGACGCCGCGGCCAGCGCCGAGGGCUUGGCUGCCGUCUUCGACACGGUGGCGCGCAGUGAGGCGCUCUUCCGGAGCGACCGCUUUGACGAGGGCCCCGUGCGGCUGAGCCACUGGCAGUCGGAGGGCGUGGAGGCGAGCAUCCUCGCGGAGCUGGCGAAGCGGGCCUCGGGGCCCGUCUGCCGGCUGCUGGCCUGCCUGCUGUCACUCAUCUCUGCCGCCAGCGCCUGCCGGGUGUUCAAGCUGCGGCCACUGUCCUUCAUCUGGAGCAAGCUGGCUGUGUGUGGGCAGCUCGGGCACCGGCUGGAGCAGCUCGAGCUCGUCUUCAGCACCCAGAAGGCCGAGAAGCCCGCCCAGCUGAUGAGGAAGGCCAACGUGCUUGUCUCUGUGCUUCUCGAUGUGGCCCUCGGCCUUGCGCUGCUGUCCUGGCUUCAUGGGAAGGACCGCAUCGGGCAGCUGGCGGAGGCCCUCGUCCCUGUGGCUGAUCAUGUGGCUGAGGCGCUCCGGCACCUGCUGCAGUGGCUGAUGGGAGCACCCGCUGGGCUGAAGAUGAACCGGGCGCUGGACCAGGUGCUGGGCCGCUUCUUCCUGUACCACCUGCACCUAUGGAUCAGCUAUGUCCACCUCCUUUCCCCCUUCAUCGAGCACAUCCUGUGGCAUGUGGGCCUCUCGGCCUGCCUGGGGCUGACGGUCGCCCUGUCCACCCUGUCCGACAUCAUCGCCUUGCUCACCUUCCACAUCUACUGCUUCUAUGUCUACGGGGCCAGGCUGUACUGCCUGAAGAUCUGCGGCCUGUCCUCGCUCUGGCGCCUCUUCCGGGGGAAGAAGUGGAACGUUCUGCGCCAGCGCGUGGACUCGUGCUCCUAUGACCUUGACCAGCUGUUCAUCGGGACUCUGCUGUUCACCGUGCUGCUCUUCCUGCUGCCCACCACAGCCCUGUACUACCUGGUGUUCACCUUGCUCCGGCUGCUGGUGGUGGCCAUGCAGGGCCUGAUCCAUCUGCUUGUGGACCUCGUCAACUCCCUGCCGCUCUACUCGCUUGGCCUCCGGCUCUGCCGGCCCUACAGGCUCGCGGCCGGCGUGAAGUUCCGAGUCCUGGAGCAUGAGGCCGGCAGGCCCCUCCGCCUCCUGAUGCAGAUAAACCCCCUGCCCUACGGUCGUGUGGUGCACGCCUACCGCCUGCCCAGCUGCGGCUGCCACCCCACGCACUCCUGGGGCUCCCUGUGCCGCAAGCUGUUCUUCGGGGAGCUCAUCUACCCCUGGAGGCAGAGAGGGGACAAGCAAGACUGAGAGGCCCCGGUGGCCGGCCUGCCCAGCACCACCAUGCGGCCUCACUCCGCCCUCGUUCUCACCGGGGGU